AUGUCUCCGCUGCUGAUCCUGGUCUUGGUGACCCUCAGCCAGGGGCUCCCACAGAAACCGAACUUGGACGCGAUCCUGAACAGAAGGACCGAUGUCUACAUCGCAGGCUUCUUCCCAUUUGGCAAGGGCGUGGAGAAUUCAAACACCGGUCGAGGGGUGAUGCCGAGCGUGAAGUUAGCUCUGGAUCAUGUCAAUGAACACGACUCUGUGCUGCGCAACUACCGGCUGCAUAUGUGGUGGAAUGAUACUGAGUGCAAUGCAGCUGUCGGCGUGAAGUCAUUCUUCGACAUGAUGCACAGUGGUCCUCAUAAGCUGAUGCUUUUCGGGGCGGCGUGCACCCACGUCACAGACCCGAUUGCCAAGGCGUCCAAGCACUGGCAUCUAACUCAGCUCUCGUACGCGGACACCCAUCCAAUGUUCACGAAGGAGGCCUUCCCCAAUUUCUUCCGCAUCGUGCCCUCUGAGAACGCUUUCAACUUGCCCAGGAUCAGGUUGCUGCAGCACUUUAACUGGACGAGAGUUGGGACUAUCUACCAAAAUGAACCCAGAUAUGCUUUGGCUCAUAAUCGUCUGUUAGCUGACUUGGACAGCAACGGCUUCCUCAUAGAAGAAACACAGAGUUUUGCGACGGAGGUGAAGACUGCGCUGGCUAAGCUCAAAGAAAAAGACGUGCGGAUCAUCCUAGGAAACUUCAAUGAGACUUGGGCUCUCCAUAUAUUCUGCGAGGCGUAUAACCUAGAAAUGUACGGGCGAGCGUACACCUGGCUUCUCCUGGGCACCUACAGCAAUAAAUGGUGGAUGAGACACGCGCCCUGUUCCAAGAAGAACCUAACUGCAGCGCUAGAUACUACCAUCCUAACCGAUCUACUCCCACUUUCCACCACAGGGGAGACGACGGUUUCUGGAAUUACAGCAAAAGAUUACCAAGUGGAAUACGACCGCAGAAGAGGCCUAGAGUAUUCCAGGUUCCAUGGCUACACUUAUGAUGGUAUAUGGGCGAUGGCGUUAGCGAUCCAGACUGUUGCCCAGCGAGUGAGGUCCAAAUACAAAGAGAAAACUGUCCAGGACUUCAAGUAUAGAGACAAGGAGUGGGAACAGCUCUUCCUGGAUGCUCUCAGCAAUGUCACUUUUGAAGGUGUAACGGGUCCAGUUCGUUUCUAUGACAAUGAGCGCAAGGCCUCGAUCCUGCUGAAGCAGUUCCAGGGAGAAGGGACGGGAGAAGUGAAAGUUGGAGAGUACUGCGCGGAGAGAGACCACCUCGACCUGGUCAGCGGAGAGCCCUUCAAAUGGUUUGGCAAAAACCCUCCAAAAGACCGCACUCUGAGGCUGAUAGAGCACACGCAAGUGAACAUCACCAUCUACUCCAUACUGGUGUCCUGCUCCGUGCUCGGUAUCCUGCUCGCCACAGGAUUCCUUGCUAUGAACAUACACUAUAGGAACCAAAGGUACAUUAAAAUGUCAUCUCCUCACCUAAACAAUCUGAUCAUCGUAGGGUGUAUGCUGACCUACCUGAGUGUCAUCUUCCUCGGUCUCGACUCCAGCCUCAGCAGCAUCGCGGCAUUUCCGUACAUCUGUACCGCCAGAGCCUGGCUUUUGAUGGCCGGCUUCAGUCUGGCUUUCGGAGCAAUGUUUUCCAAGACCUGGCGAGUUCAUUCCAUCUUUACUGAUGUCAAGCUGAAUAAAAAGGUUAUUAAAGACUACCAACUGUUUAUGGUGGUGGGUGUGCUUCUAGCAAUUGAUCUAGCGAUCAUGACCACCUGGCAAGUUUCGGAUCCUUUCUACAGGGCAACGAAGCAAAUGGAUCCUUAUCCACAUCCUUCGAGUGAAGAUAUUGUCAUCGUCCAAGAAAACGAGUACUGUCAGUCAGAAAGAAUGACGAUUUUCAUCGGAGUCAUUUAUGCUUAUAAGGGACUAUUACUAGUCUUUGGCGCCUUCCUCGCGUGGGAGACACGCCACGUGUCAAUCCCAGCCUUGAAUGACUCUCAGCAUAUCGGCCUAUCAGUAUACAACGUGCUCAUCAUGUGUAUCAUGGGAGCUGCUAUCACUCUCGUAUUACAAGAUCAUAAAGACGCAUUGUUCGUCCUCAUUGCCAUCUUCAUCAUUUUCUGCACUACGGGAACGCUAUGUUUGGUGUUUGUUCCAAAGCUAUUGGAACUACGCCGUAACGGGCCAGGUGGUGCAGGUACAGGCCGCAUCCGGGCUACACUGCGACCUGCAUCUACGCAUGAGUGCCGAUCGCCAGGGCCUGAACUUGAACGCAGAAUGAAGGAAUUACGACAAUAUAAUAAUCGUUACCGUCGUACGCUACAGGCAAAAGAAAAUGAGCUGCAGAUGCUACUCAGUAAACUUGGCAGCGAUGCGAGCUCAGAGUCGUCUACAACGCGGGACUCUCGGUCACCAGCUCCUUCCAGAACCAGACUUCCAGUGCCCAAGGAGAACAUUAGUCACCCAGAAACCAGUGACAUCACAUCAGUAUGCAGUCUGAGUGCGUCAGCUGGUGCUGAGGCAGAGUACAUUAACCUGCAAAACCAGCAGAACAUUGAGAAAACAAAGCCCUCAGCGCCUCCAGAGCCUCUCAAAGACCCACCACCAAAGGAACCCAAAAAGGAACAGACAAAGAACGUCUCCUUCAAGAACCACUUGGACUACACCAGUCCACCUUCUUCCAAAGCUGUGCCUGAGAAAGAUCAGCUUGCGAAGCUUCCCUAUGGGGGGUGGAGUGCAGAGGAACCAUCAGAGCCACCGAAAUCCAUGAAGGUACCAGAGCCAGCGAGAGCGGAAGCGAAGACAAUACCAGCUCUGAAAACCAGUGACACUCCAACUGUCAAAUCCAUGCCAGCAAAAGUUCAGGAACCAAUGUAUACAAAGGCUGCCACACCUAAAGUUAAUAAGACUCCUGAACUUCAAAAGAAAGUCGUUAAGACGCAAGAUUCUUUAUCAACAAAGACCACGCCAUCGAGAGACCACAAGCCCCCACCUCGGGGCCACAGGCGGAUGUCCAGUGUCAGUCAGGCAGCUCUUCUGACUGAUCUGAUGCAUGUGUCUGUAGAUCAGGAUGACUUAGAACCACCUCCUGGAAUGGAGAGAAAGGUUAUAGGUCAAGAAAGAGAUCCAGUGCCUCUCAUAAAACCAAAGGUGGAACCAGAAGACAUUUUGGAUGUGGACCAUGAUUACUCUUCGACAGAAAGAAGAAAAUCAUGCCAGAGAAGAGACUCAGAAAAAAGGAAGAAAGAGUUCAUAGUAGUGCAGAGUGACUUAUGGGAUACAAACACGUUCCAGUACACCUGUCAGAAGUCUCCUCCAGCAGGUGAGAGCGCCACAGUAAGUCACCAUCACUCUCCAAUGCAGAGAAGUGUGUCAGAAAAGAGUAGACAAUCACAGUCUUCACCCCAUCAUCACAGGGAAACUGACACGAGAAGCAUGGAAAGGAGAGCUUCAAAUGCUUCUAUAAAUUAUGGCACUGGGACCGGUACGAGAGGUGGUACCCCUGAAGGCUAUCGGGAAGCGGAAACCCUCAGAAUGACAGAUAGGUUAUCAAAGCGACGAGGCUCUGAGUUUCCACAACCAGUCAGCACACCUCCACAACAGGCUCCAGCCAAAAGGAGACAGUCUGCAGCUCAUGUCAGAUCUUAUCAAGAAGAGAGAAUGGCAAGAGAAGAAGAACGAAAGUCAAAGACAGAGUCGACACCGAGAAGACACGAUGACAUUCCCAGAAAAUCUGUGCCAGAACCUGUUCUGGAGACAGAAACAUGGAAACCUGAUCCUGACACCAUUAGAAUGGUGAAAACACAGGAUUCUCCUGCGAAGAGGCUGAGGCAGGAAGCUGAGCCUUUGAAGAGGGCAAAGGGUGUUGGGGAUUCUCCAAGACUGACCCAAGCCAGUCACACGCCGAGACCUGAUCACCAUAAGAGUAGUCCCAAUGUUGCGUCAAGGCACAAAACGGAUUCUCCUAGUAAACGGGAAGACCGAAAGUCUACCGGCUACAGGAGUGACUCCAAACGGCAAGAAUCAGUAGACCAGCGUAAGAUGUAUACGGCAAGUUCGGAAUCAGAACUUUUCGAGUGCGCCAUCUUACCUAUCUUCCACAAACUUCUCACAGAAAGGCACAAGAGCCAACCACACGGACUUAAUCUCAGUUACGGUGUUAGUUGUCCAAAUAUAUCGAUAAAGUGCGAUAUAGUUGAGUAUUUGUAA